UGAGUGAUGUUAGAUGAACUUUUGUCUUUACUUUCCCCAUUUUUCCUCUUCAAUAAUUGUCUCCCCUAAAAUUUCCAACCACCUCUCUAGUCUCUCUCCAACAAUGCUUUAAACAAAGAAAAAAAAAACCUAAAUUUUUUAAAAAAUCUAUCUUCUCCCUUCAUUUUCAUGGAGCAACACACACCCACCAUUUUCAUAGCUCCUGAUCCACCACCUUUCCCUUCAUCACCAAGAAGUGUAGACUUAUCCCCUCUUGAAUUUAUUCUUGCUUUAGUAGCUGUUAUAACCAUCCCUGCCUUGAUCUACACGUUCUUUUUCUCUAUCAAGUGCCCCCCCAGCCCCUUCAGGAGCCGACGGGGGCGGAGUAGCACCUCCGAUUCUGACGAGAACGAUGGCGGUGGCGACGGGAAUAACCCGACAGGGGGAAGUAACAAAGAAGUUGUUUCGUCUGAGGUUAAGUAUCAGAAAGAAACGCAUGUGAAAGAUGUUGGUAGUGAGUGUCCGGUUUGUUUGUCAGGUUUUGGUGAUGGUGAAGACAUUAAACAGUUGAGUGGCUGUAAGCAUUCGUUUCAUGCUUCUUGUAUUGAUUUGUGGCUGAAUUCUCACUCGAAUUGUCCGGUUUGUCGUGCUUCUGUUCCAAGCGGUAAGCGACCUGGUAAUGUUUCUUCGUCGAGAUCGAGAGAUCAGAAUUCUGAUUUUCACCAAGGUUUGCCUGAUGCUGCCAAUUUGGUUUGACAAGAUCUUGUUUUGUAUUUGAAAUUUUGUCUUUUUUUUUGGGUUUCAAAAGGAAAAAAAAUCUGAGUGCUGCUGAGAAUUAUAUAUCUUGCAAGAAAUUGAUUUUUUUUAGAAAUUAGAGAUCAGUAAUCACAGACAGAAUUGUAUAUAUUUUUUGUUUGAGGAAUUGGAUUUGAUUUUUAUUUGA